AUGUUUAACAAUGAAGAAUUUUGUUUUCCUAAAAAGAUCUUAUCUAUAUCUGCAAUGGCUCUUACUGUAAUACUUUUGAUAUUUACUAUCAUAAAUGAAUACAAAUAUGUCACUUAUUCUAAAGAGUUAAGACCAAUAAUAAAAAAUGCAAUACCAGUUUCAUGCAUUCCUCUAGAGGAAAAUAAUGGAAAAAUUAUACAUAUAAAUUGUCCAUUACAAGAUCUAGAAACCUUUUAUGCACCAUCAGAAUUCAGUAGUAAUAUUUAUUCUUUUCGAGGAGUGUUUUUUGAAAUUAAAGUUGAAAUGUACCAAUGGAUCAGAGAUUAUGGAAAUUUAGGUUUAUAUGCACGGGGAAGAUUUGAAGAUCACUUAGUACGAACACCCUAUAAUUUUCUUUUUUUCUUUAAAAGAAGAGAAAAUCCCACGUACAUGCCAGCUGUUGGAAAUGUAGGGAGAAAGUAUGCAAAUUAUGCAAAAGCUGGAAAUUACAGGCUUCCUAAGAAUGCACUCGUGAAUUUUCAAAAAAAAAAAAAAUUAGAUUUAGUAGAUGAUGGCUGGUUUACUGAGUCUGAAAUUAAACCUCCUUUUACCAUUGAUCAUUUGAAUACUAAUGUUUAUAAUAAUUACUUAUAUACAGGAGACCCAUUAAAUCCCCAAGUAGGUGAUAUAAGAAUAUCAUUUUAUGGUAGUACAGCUGAACAUGCAACAGUUGUAGGUGUUCAAAGAUCAAGGCUAAUGAAUACCAUAUUUGAAAUAGAUGACAUAAAUAUAAUGAACCAAAACAUAACAUUAUUAUCUGAAGAUAAUAGAACAAUGAUCAAUCAAACUAAAGAUUUUAUUCAUAAAAAUUAUGGGAACAUAACAUCUUUGUGGCUAUUUCGAAUAAUUACAUGUUUUUUCGUAUCUACACAAAUAUUUUCCUUCCUUUCAGAUGGGUCAAAAAAUCUAUUUUGGAGAUAUAGUGUGAGUUUAAUUUCAUCUGCAAUUGUUCUAUCACUUUUUCCCUGCAUUUUUUGGUUUUUUUGUGAUACAGCUGUUUUUUUAUUUUUAUUUGUAUUAAUCUUCUUUAUGUCCGUAUCCUUACUAUUUAUAUGCAACAGUGAAAUGGAUGAAGGAUAUACUGAAAUGAAAAAUUAUAUGAAGAGAUCUGUUACUGAACCAACAAAUUAUACAUUUUUAAAUAUACCAGAUGAAGGUGGGGAUAUGUAUGAAGAUUAUAAUUAUCAAAAAAAUAAUGUUAAUGUCGUCUUUAACUCAAAUAGUGAUAUUUCUUUUUCUCAAUCCAUACAUAAACAAAAUGGAACACAAUCCGAAUCUUCUCCUAAUUACAUAUAUCGUAAUUAA